AGAACAUGUGAAGUUACUUAGCUAUCAUCCGGUAUAGCUAUCAUAGCUUUCCGCAUUUUUCCCCGAGUUCUCCGGUCGAGACCGUAGCCGAUGGCUCCCCUCCGGCAACUUGGGAGAUCGAUCGGAAUCCUUUCUAGCAGGGCAAUCGUUAACCCCCUUCGAUCUGUUUCUUUCUCCACCACUGCUGAAUCUGCUUCCCAAACAAAUCCGAUUCGCGCCACCCUGUUUCCUGGCGAUGGUAUCGGUCCUGAGAUCGCUGAAUCCGUCAAGCAGGUGUUCAAUGCUGCAGAAGUACCCAUCGAAUGGGAAGAACAUUAUGUUGGGGAUUCAGUUGAUCCUAGAACCGAAAGCUUUCUGACCUGGGAGAGCCUGGAAUCUGUUAGAAGAAAUGGUGUGGGCCUGAAAGGACCCAUGGCUACGCCUAUUGGGAAGGGUCACAGAUCCUUGAACCUUACAUUGAGAAAAGAACUUGGCUUAUAUGCCAAUGUCAGACCUUGUUUCAGCCUUCCUGGCUAUAAAACUAGAUAUGAUGAUGUUAAUCUUGUCACCAUCCGUGAGAACACUGAAGGAGAAUAUAGUGGUCUUGAACAUCAGGUGGUGAGGGGAGUUGUGGAAAGUCUGAAGAUUAUCACCCGUCAAGCUAGUUUGAGGGUAGCAGAAUAUGCUUUUCAUUAUGCUCGAACAAAUGGAAGAAAGAGAGUUUCUGCUAUACAUAAAGCCAAUAUCAUGAGGAAAACAGAUGGUCUUUUCCUUAAGUGUUGCCGUGAGGUUGCCGAUAAGUACCCCGACAUAACAUAUGAGGAAGUCAUUAUUGAUAAUUGUUGCAUGAUGCUAGUGAAGAAUCCUGCACUCUUUGAUGUACUGGUGAUGCCUAAUCUCUACGGAGAUAUAAUCAGCGACCUUUGUGCUGGUCUGAUUGGGGGCCUGGGUUUAACUCCUAGCUGCAACAUUGGCGAAGGAGGCCUAGCUCUAGCCGAAGCUGUGCACGGUUCCGCCCCCGACAUUGCUGGAAAGAACCUAGCGAAUCCUACAGCUUUAUUGCUGAGCUCUGUUGCGAUGUUGCGGCACCUGAAGCUUGAUGAGAAGGCUGAUCGAAUCCAUGAAGCCAUUCUGAAAACAAUUGCAGAGGGUAAAUAUCGAACUGUUGAUCUUGGUGGCAAAUCAUCCACGACAGAAUUCACAAAUGCUGUUUGUGACCACAUUUGAUGAUGUUUUCUUAUUUAUUCAUCCAAAGUUUUUAUAGAGCUUUGAUUUUGAAUGAGGUGUGAUUACUGUCCAUUAUUUAUGAGCUUACAAAUUCAAUGUAGGAAUAAAGCUCAUGGGAGUACGGGAGAUUAUUAUAGUCUGCUUUCUGAUUCCAUGGCUAUGCCAUAUGUGACAUUGAUGCUGUGUUAAAAACUAUUAAUCGUUUUUAGUGCUGA